AGCAAUACUAUAUAAGCAGGCAGCAUAUAGUAAACAUUAGAAGUUAGGGACUACCUUUGGAAGCAGAUCUUCACAACUCAAGAUGAAGGGAGUCUGUUUAGUUCUGUUGUGCGUAGCAGUGUCUCAUGCGGUGCCGAUCUGGAGUGAAAGAGAAAAAUUGCAGCUCAUUGAGAAAUACUUAGAAAACUAUUAUAACCUCACAUCAGAUGAGAAACCAACCUUAAGAGGGAGAAACAGCAGCCCAAUAAUUAAAAAAAUUAGAGAAAUGCAAAAGUUUAUGGGACUAGAGGUGACAGGCAAUUUGGAUACUAACACACUGGAAACAAUUCAGAGACCAAGGUGUGGAAACCCAGAUGUUGGCCAGUUUGCUUUCUUUUCGGGGCAACCCAAAUGGGGAAAGAAAGACCUGACUUACAGGAUAUUGAACUAUACGCCAGACAUGACGAUACCUGAUGUGGACAAAGACAUUGAGAGGGCAUUUAAAGUCUGGAGUCGGGUCUCACCACUGACGUUCACCAAGGUUUUGCAAGGCGAUGCAGAUAUAUUGAUCUCGUUUGGUUCAGGAGAUCAUGGAGAUUUCAAUCCUUUUGAUGGUCCUGGGGGAACGGUUGCUCAUGCUUAUGCCCCCAGCAGUGGUAUUGGAGGAGAUGCUCAUUUCGAUGAAGAUGAAAACUGGAGUCAUGGCUUAGAAGGUUCCAACCUUUUUUUCGUUGCUGCUCAUGAAUUUGGCCACUCGUUGGGACUCUACCAUUCCAAUGAUCCAAAUGCUGUGAUGUUUCCAGUCUAUAGGCAACCAGAACUUGGCCAACAGAUUCUCGCUCAGGAUGAUAUCCAAGGAAUUCAGCACCUCUAUGGUCCAUCAACCAACCCAUCUCAAGACCCAAAGGGGGAUGAUGAGCCCAUUGAACCUAUCUGGCCAACCCAAGCUUCAUUGCCAACAGCAUGUGAUCCUCGUUUGAUAUUUGAUGCUGUCACUCCUUUUCGAGGAGAAAUGUUGUUCUUUAAAGACAAGUACUUCUGGCGAAAGCACCCGCAAUAUCAACAGAUCGACUUUAGUUUAAUUUCUCAGUUCUGGUCAUUUUUACCAACUGGUGUUGAUGCUGUAUCUGAAAAUAUUGAUAAAGAUCAGACAUUUCUGUUUAAAGGUAACCAUUUCUGGGCUGUAAGAGGUGAAUACAGGCUUCCUGGGUAUCCCAAGCGUAUCCAAAACCUAGGUUUUCCAAAAGAUGUCAAGAAAAUUGAUGCAGCAUUUUACAAUGCUAAUGAAAAGCGAACAUACUACUUUUCUUCUGAUAAAUACUGGAGGUUUGACGAAGUUACCCAAACCCUGGAAAAGAAAGCGAGAAGGAUAAGAGAUGACUUCCCGGGUAUUGAUGGGAAGAUUGAUGCUGUCUUUCAACAUAAUGGCUUAUUGUACUUCUUCAGGGGAACAAACCAAUAUGAGUUUGACCCAAACACCAGCAGAGUUAGACAAAUCAAAAAGGCCAACAGCUGGUUUUCAUGCUGAGAAGAUUAAACCUCUGGAAGUAUGGAGAACUUUGUUGUAAAAUAAUCACUGCUGAAUGUUUAACACUAUCACUGGUCCUCUGUAAAUGGCCCCCUACUAGGCUGUGAGAUCUAAUGCUGGUUGUUAUUUUUAUAUAUUUUGUAUUUUUAAUGUUCAUAAGCCAAGUUGGACUAUAUGCUUAGCUAAUGUUUAGUAGUAGUUCUCCUGCAGUUGAUUGAAAACAAACUUUUCUCAUCUAUUAUAUCUUGCAAAUUUGCUUAUCUUGUCUUGUGACCAAUUACUGUAGAAUUAAUGCUGUUUGACACCACUUCACUUGCCAUGGCUAAAGACCUUGCAAAACUACAAUCCCCAUAAUUCCAUAGCAUUGUGCCAUGGCAGUUAAAGUGAUAUCAAACUGCACUAAAUCUACACAGUAUAGACGCACCCUAAGACACUAAGCAUGGGUUUGGUUUCCAAAUCUAAUUGUUCAGGUGUGCAAUUCUGAAAAAAUGAAUUGCGGAUGAAGAGAAUGCCAUCAAGAUCUAAAUACAAUCUGUGUCAUUAGCCUCUAUGACCUUAUUCUUAUCUUAGGGGAAAGUUUUCAUGUAGUCUGUAUAGCUCGCUCUUAAGCAAACAUGUUAAUAAAGAGGUGCCUCAAAAGUUUCAAAGAUAAUGAAUUAAAUAAAUUACAAAAUGCUUCAUGCAGGCAUUUCAAAGUUAGAGUGAGCUUUGGAGAUGAACAAAACAAGUUCCUAUACCAGGAAUAAAAGUUUCUGUUUG